GUCAGUUACGAAAGACAGACGUUAUGUUCCAAUAGUAGAUAGCGGAUGGGGAUGGAUUGUCGUUGUCGGCUCAUUUUUCAUUCAUGUUUUCGCAGAUGGUAUCGUAUAUUCUUUUGGUAUCCUCCUGGAAGUAAUUAUGAGAGUAUUCGACGCUACAAAUGCAAAAGCGUCGAUAGUUAUCUCGUUAUUAACGGGUUUAACACUUGGCUUUGGGCCUGUUGCAUCUGCAGUAACCAAUAAAUUUGGUUGUCGUUUCACAACAAUUUUAGGAGCAAUUAUUGCAUCCAUUGGGUGUGCAGCUUCUUAUUACGCGACAUCAGUCGAAUAUUUAAUGGUAUCGGUUGGAUGCAUUAUGGGAAUAGGUUUUGGUCUUAUUUAUUGUCCAACGAUUAUUGUCGUUACUAUGUAUUUCGAGAAAAAAAGGUCUUUGGCGACUGGAAUAACGGUCUGUGGAGCUGGCAUCGGUGCAGUUCUGUUUGCACCUAUUAGCAAUGCCUUAAUUACUGCAUUUUCAUGGAGAGUUGUUUUCAUCUAUUACACUGGUGUUAUUUUGCUUUGUAUCCUUUGUGGCGCCUCUUUUCGUCCUUUAAAAUUUGUCGAGGUCAAUGAUGAAACCGAUGCGGCGAACGAUUUUAGCGAAAAUUUGGCCAAAGGACCAGAAUCAAAGAACCAUGAGGAUAAAACAAAGAACGAUUCUAUGUUUAUUAAAAAUGCAGUUAAAAAUGUGACCGAGAGAAGAAUGCUGUUAAGCAAUAUUAAAUCAGAAAGUCAAUCAGAAAUUGACAACCGUGGUUUGGAGAGAUCUGUGCGACGAAUUUUGUCAUUAGAUAAUGUUAAACGUCAAACAUUUUCUGAAGCAACGGGAUAUAUAAAUGUUAAGGUCGUGUUUCUUACGGUUUCUGUUAGUGCGAUUCCUGAUUUUGGCGAGAAAUUUGAUCGGUAUCGGUCAAUAACAUCAUUGCAUAUCACAACUGAUGCAAAAGGGAAAAAUUUCGAUACUUUCUUGGAGAUAGAAAGUGCUGAAGACGAAGCUAAUAAAACUAGAGGAAUGUGGAGGUCAUUUGUAAAAAUGACCGAUAUGAGUUUGUUACUUGAGCCAAUAUUUCUUCUAUACGCUUUGUCAAAUUUACUAACCAGUAUUGCAUUCAAUUCUCCACUUGUAUUUCUGCCUUCACAUGCAGUUAAUCUUGGAUGUACCGAUCAACAAGCAGCACAAAUAGUUAGUGCAUUUGGUUUCUUGAACACUGUUGGUCGUAUUCUUAUUGGUCUCAUAUCCGACAGGCAAUUGCCAGUCCGUUUCGGUAAAGAUACUGGAAGAAAUCGUUUAUGGAUCUAUAGUGUGUCCCUCAGCAUUUGUGGCAUUUUAACGAUUUUGGUCUUCGUAUGCCAAGGAUUCCAUUCUCUCACUGUUUAUUCGGGUCUUUUCGGGUUAACAUUAUCGUCCUACGUCUGUUUGACAUCCGUUGUCUUGGUCGAUUUAAUUGGAAUUGAAAGGCUCACUAAUGCAUUUGGAUUAAUUCUCUUGUUCCAAGGUUUAGGAACAGUUGUCGGACCACCUACUGCUGGUCGAUUGGCAGAUAUGACUGGUUCAUACGAUAUUUCUUUUGUUUUUUGUGGUAUUUCAUUGCUUACCUCCGGUUUAAUGAUGUUUUUAAUUGCAAUGCUAAGAAGAGCUCCAGUUAAGACUGCAAUGGAACAGUGAUU